UUCCCACUUCAAAAUGUUUGUUAAACAAUAAAUAAACUACAAAAACCAUCGAUACCCAAACAUACGUUUCAGCUUAAGCUUACUAAAAUUUACUCAAAACACACUCUUUCCUCUCUCUCUCUCUCUCUCUCUCUCUAGCGCACUUUCUCUAUCUACAUGACCGCUCGUUCACGGGAGCUCGGCGGCGUAACCUCACCGCCGUCGCCGUCCAAAAACCCCUCGCCGCCCGUGGAGACUCUCGACUCCGACUUCGUAGUGAUCCUCGCGGCUCUCCUCUGCGCCCUAAUCUGCGUGCUCGGCCUCGUCGCUGUCGCGCGCUGCGCCUGGAUCCGCCGCCUAUCGGGGAGGGCGGCGGCGCCCGCGCAGCCGACGGCGCCGCGACGGUCGACCGCCAACAAAGGCCUGAAGAAGAAGGUGCUGAAGUCGCUGCCGAAGCUGACCUACGGCGAGGACCCGGAGCAGACCGGGAAGCUCUCCGACUGCGCCAUUUGCCUGGCGGAAUUCGCCGCCGGCGAAGAAAUCCGCGUGCUACCGCAGUGCGGCCACGGAUUCCACGUCGGCUGCAUCGACACGUGGCUCGGAUCGCACUCUUCGUGCCCAUCCUGCCGCCAGAUUCUGGUUGUGGCGCGGUGCCAGAAAUGCGGCAAUCUGCCGGCGGCGGCGGAGGGCGGCCGGAGUUGAUAAGUGGAAAUCAUGUGAAUAGGUUUUUGCCUUGAUUUUUGAAUCUCUACUGCUUAAAUUAGGGAUUGCGAAAUGGAAGAAUUACUGUUAGAAAUUUACAAGAGCAAUCGAAAUUUUUCUUCUUUUUUCUUCCCUCUUUGUUUUUGUAUAUAUUGAAAUUUGUGUUUCGAGGAAUA